GUGGGGACAGGGAAUCCUACACGAGCUGCUUGUCAGAUCCCUCAAAGAACCAUCUCUGUAGUGCAAGUCCCUUCUUUGUCUGCAGCCACAAUAAGGGGACACUAGCACAGCAUGGAGCUGUUAUCUGCUCUCAGCCUGGACGACCUGGCUGCCUCCUUCUCUAAAUUGCCUGUUUUCCCUCUGUUUGAUGUGGCAUAUUAUAUCAUCUCCAUAUUGUACCUGAAGUAUGAACCAGGUGCCGUGGAUCUUUCCAAACGAAGUCCAGUAGCCUCCUGGCUCUGUGCGAUGCUCUACUGCUUUGGAAGCUAUAUUCUCGCAGAUGUGCUUUUAGGAGAAUCUCCCAUUCACUAUUUCAGCAAUAAUGCCAAUAUCCUUUUGGCCUCAGCUGUAUGGUACUUGACUUUCUUUUGCCCCUUAAAUAUUUUCUAUAAGAUUGUUAGCUUCUUGCCUGUAAAGCUUGUCCUCGUUGGAAUGAAGGAAGUGGUUCGUGUUCGCAAGAUUGCCAUGGGAAUCCAUCACGCACACCAUCACUACCAUCAUGGCUGGGUCAUCAUGGUACUGAUCGGAUGGGUCAAAGGCUCUGGAGUGGCCCUGAUGUCCAACCUAGAGCAGCUCUUGCGUGGAGUCUGGAAGCCAGAGACAAAUGAGAUUCUCCAUAUGUCUUUUCCAACUAAGGCCAGUCUGUAUGGCGCCAUCUUGUUCACCUUACAACAGGCUCAUUGGCUUCCUAUCUCCAAAGCCUACCUUAUCUUUUUCUUCACUCUCUUCAUGGCAGUCUGUAAGAUCUACAUGACAGCCACUCACUCUCAUGGCUCCCCAUUUGCUAUAUUUGAGUCCGGUAUCUGUUAUGUACUUUUUGCUGCUGCCAACGGUGAUCACGAUGACCACGGAAACCAUCAUCACCAUCAUGAUGACCAUGAUGUAUCUCAUUCGGCUGGAAAAUCCAAAGAGGAACAUAAUGAGGGAACGCGAAAGAGGAAAACAAAGAAAGCAGAGUAAUAGAUGAGAGACGUCCAUCUAAAUCGACACAGCUCUGAAUGAAGUUUAAUUUGAAUAAACAUACCAGUCUGCUUACAUUGGGGUUCCUCACACCUAAUUAAUAACAUUAACCACAUUGACUACAUGGUUUCUUAGAGGACAUUCACAAUCUGCUUUCAUGUCUCCUGUUUUAACAGAUGUUGAGGCCAUUUACUUCAGGAUCACAUUGGUUUUAAAUGUUGCCAUGCAAUGUAGAAUGAACUGUCAAGAUUCUUAGUGAUUACAGGACUGGAGCGGAUAUUAUAAAAUAGGCUAUAAAAUAAGUCUGCCUCUUAGAUAUUAAGACUUGCAUGCCUAUAGUGGUAGUUAUAUGAGGUAUGGGCAAUAUGAGGAAUCCCAUAUGUAGCUUAUACCUGCUUUACAUUGUCCAGAACAAUUACAGAAAUUAAAAAUUAAAUAUAGAAAUACUUUACAAUUUGUUAUUUUGAAAACUGAUUAUUUAAAAACAGAUACAAAAUAAAGUCACUAUUUAAAAUACCUUUUUUUAAACCAGAACCCUUUGAAAAUAAUAAUGUAUUUUUAAAAUAUUCUGAUAAAACUGUUCAUGAAUAAAAAUAUUGAGAA